AUGUCAAUUUUGAUCAUAAGGUAUAUCAUUAAGAGUUUAAGAAUUGAGUAGAAAGAUGGUAGAAGAGAUGAGGAAUAGUAUUUCUUAUUUAAUUAAAUAAUAUUAUGGAGAAUUAAGAGAAACAUCUGUUUUAAUUAAAUUAAUUAGUAGAAGUCCUGGUUAAUGUAUAAUAAUUUUUGCUCGAAUAAAUUUUUCAGAAUUAAAUAGGGGAAACACUAAGAUACGGAAAGAAUUUUCAUAAAUUUAUAAUGA